AUGUCUUCAACUUCAGAAUCAAUACAGCAACCCCAACCUGCAGCCAUCGCGGCUGAAAGGCGCCCACAGGCAGAACCACUGCCGUCAAAACGCGGUGAAAUAGGUUACAUUGAGGGUGUCCAUGUUCCUUUAGAACGGGCAGACGAUGCGGGGCUUGCUCGUCUUCCUGAGCGACAUCCAGCUGAUAGAGACAAUUCACCACCAUCGGCACCUCCCUUGGACACUGGCUCAGCGGCAAAUCCUUCUCCUUCCUCUUCCGAAUCCCCUUCUUCUCCAAGUUCUAUUACCAAGUCGCCGAAAGGCCUAAAAUCAUUGACUUUUGGUGGACUACAAUUCAUCACCCUGCUUAUUUUCACUAUCCAGUUAUUUAUAUUCGCUGGGACAAUUGUAGGAUGGGUAUUUGCAGCACGGCUCAUGAUGCGUACAUCCUCCAGCGGCGACUCGAAUUCACCAUCAGGACAGUCAACAAGUGUCUUUGUUCACGUCGUUUUCGUCCUUGCGCUUCUCGGGCAACUCAUAUACCUAGAACGACGACUCUUUCGGUUGCGAGGUGAACGGUACAGCUAUCUUCAUCCUGGAGAAAUUCUACCCCGUCAUCGAAACAUCCCCAGGAGUCCUGACACUGCCCUCGCGUUCGCUCCUUGGAACCGCCCACCACUUCCUACCUAUGCGGCUGCACUAGCACAGAGCGGAGUUGGGACCGGAGACGUCGAGGACCAUAUUAUUGCGGUAUCACCUCCACCUGCUUAUGGAAAUACACGAGGCAGUACUCUUCUAUUGGCCGGUUAUCUACGGAACAGUCUUAGGGCACAACGACCUAAUUCGUCCUACAGCCAGGCACCACCCGAGAGUCCAGAUAGAACACCAAGUCGCCUUAGUUAUGUCAGCAGGGGCGAAGCAAGGGAAGGGAGAGAGAACGCAGACAGAGCCCAGAGACUGGAAGCCACUUUAAGUCGGUUGGAAUCAACACCACAGACGUCAACGCCGAGACAACAGUGA